AACGUAGAGAAGUUUUAUUUUUAUAUGUUAGAGGUAUGCUCUCACUUCUCUCUCAUCACUAGAGAUUUAACCGCUUCUAGAUCGAAGAUUUCCGACCUCCGAAUUAAAAGCUUACGAGGUCGCCAGCCACCGUAGGGUCUCCGGUGAGGACGAAGGAAGUGAGAGAAUGGGAUUGAGAGAGAAAGCGGGAUGGACUGGGGAGCGACCAUGACGGCGCCGGCGAUGGAGAAUGGAGGGGGCGUUGGGCGGUGGAGGAGAAGUGGGAUGGGUCCUGGGCAGUUUUUAUUUUUUACUUCUUGAACGGCAAAAAAUUUUCUUGAUAGAUUUAUAGGCGUUUGGCUUAAUACAAACUCAAAUCCGUAACGAGAGAACUGAAGAAACCUGGGAGCACUAAAAUCCCGUCCCCCGUCCAUCCUUCGCCCGCCGUGAGGGUCGGUUGUGAAUCAGCAGUCCCUGAAAACUCUGCGUCAGCGUCGUCUAUUUUUAUUCUUAGAAUUGGAAAAAGUAAAAAGGUGCAAUGACAUUAUGGCAUUGAUUAGGAAAUUUCCCUCCUUGGUCUAUUGGUUGAAAGAGGGUCUUCUUCUGCUGUAAUGUUCCAGAAGUGCGCACGCCAACUUCAGAUAGUUUUUUGAAAGAGGAAUGGAAAGAACAGAGACUAUAGAUAAUUUCAAAGUUGGAUCUCUGCCGACUUUAAUUUACAUUCCUGACUUCAUUACGGAUAAUGAACAAACCAUGCUUCUAAAUAAGAUAUAUGAAGCCCCUGUAUCGAAGUGGAAAUCUUUAAAGAAUAGGAGGCUACAAAACUGGGGCGGUACUGUCCAUGAAAAGGGUCUUCUACCACAGGAUUUGCCCUCAUGGCUAACCAAGAUUACAUACAAGAUAUAUGAAGAAUCAGGGCUUUUCCCAUUGCCAAUUAAUCAUGUCCUUAUCAAUGAAUACCUUCCUAACCAAGGCAUUAUGGCACACCAGGAUGGGCCUGCUUAUUAUCCAGUUGUAGCAAUCUUGUCCCUCAGGUCACCUGUUGUUAUGGACUUUACUCCCCAUUCAAGACUGACAUUGUGUAGAAGCACAUGCACAAAUGAUGUUGAGGAUACAAAUUCUGAUAGGGGAGUUAUUAAGAUUGAUACAGAUAAGUCAAUGGAUGAACACCAUCCUUUUCCUGUCAUAUUAAUGCCGCGCAGCUUGAUGAUAUUCAAAGAUAAAGCAUACUCGGAUUACUUGCAUGCUAUCAAAGACAGUGAGGUACAAUGUUAUAAUGGGGCUGUAAACGAAGUAGAAGCUCAACAUGGGCAAUUUAUGGAUCAUGCUUCGUCACAAUUGGAUGGAGCUGUUGAUGUAAUGAAAACUGGGGUCCUCAAGAGUAUUCAUAGAACUACCCCUAGAAUUUCAUUGACAUGUCGAUUAGUUCCAAAAGUUCAUAAAAAUGUGUUCAGGUUUUAGUAUGUGGCAAGUCUAGUCUAUCUGGAAGCUUUUCACCCGUAAGAGCUUCAGACGAUGACCUAGUUUGAUGCGGGUGGUUUUCACAGAGAUGUGAGAUGUAUUAUGGAUGAUUUAACAAACUUUGCCAUACUACAGAAAAAUAGAGCGAAUUCAUUUCUUUCACCAA